GACGCGCGCAUCCGUCUGCGCGCUCCGAAUUUUUCGCGCCAUCGCGAAAUCUGUUCGUGCGUUCUUUUUUCAAACUCUCAUUUCGAACUGGCAGUUAUCACUAGAAAAAACAAUGACUAACGGGUUUUUCAACUGAUUUGCGCGCCAUUUGUGUAGUGAUGUGAUGAUAUUAAUAAAUUGGUGAAAAUCUAAUUUUCCUUUUGUGAAAUGAAACGUGCGUGCAAUAACAAUGAUAUAUCGAUAUAAUGUGGCUACAAUAGUGUCGAUAAAAUACACCAAGUGAUAGUGAUGCGACAAAGAAAAUGUGGGAGUAUAUUGCAGUGUUGCUCAUUGGAUUUUGGCUUGGGGUUGCCAUAUUCUUGUAUAUAUCCUGUUACUGGCUGGAAGAAAUACUAGAUUUACCACCAUCUCGCAACAGCCCUUCAAGCACUUCUAGCGCUCACCCAAGCGACGCUAGCGGUGCUCAUGCCCAACUCAAGCGGCUCGUGGCGAGGGUUGUAGAGGAGGCUGCAGCGCUGCCAGCGCUUGCUCGGUACGCAGCUGAACCAUCGCCUUCUCCAUCUAUAGAGUCUUCAACGUAUGAAGAUCUAUUGGCAACUGCAAUAUUGAAUAAGGUGAUCGUCAGAUAUCAGAAGAUUGAAUUCGAUCGCAAGAUACCAGAGAAUGGUUCUGGCGGGCGCAGCAGCGGUAUCCACUCUGCCAGCCCCAGUCCUACACCCUCGGAGCGCUCCUCUCCGCGCUCCCUAAACUCUACACAUAGAGAUAUCAGCCCACCUCUUCACGAAGUGGACGCAUCAUCAGAAUGGGAGGAGGGCGAAGGUGCAGAGGAUGCGCAGGUGUUACCCAAACGCAUUCCUUUUCCAGAAUUCGGUGGAGACAUAGUACAUAAUACCGAUAAUGAAGAUCGCGACUUCGAUGAAGUGUCCGGCAGCGAUAUACAAGCAGUGGAUGGUAGUUGGGAAGAAAACUGGCUCUUCCAAAAGAAAAAAAUUAAAACCAUUCAAUCAGUACCAGUGCCGAUGUUAGUCCCAAAUAGUAACACUGAAUACCGAGCUCUCAUAGGUGAUAGAGAUGCUGACGACACAACAGAUCUAUCAGACAAUGCCAGUGAUGGUGAAGAAGAGGCUGAGUACAAAAGCGAUAUUAAAAGAGUCCUAGAUUCUAAACACGUAAUUGGUGGUAAAUCUAAGAUAGAUGAAGUAUUGGAUUUCGAACCAGAUAGCCUAACGGUAGAAGCCGAAUCUGGAGACUUUGAAAAGUUUGACGAAUUCCCAGACAAUGGUGUAGAUGUAGUAGAUGCAGUUAAUAACAGCUUACAAGACAAAGAUUUCACAAACGAGGAAAACUCAAAUACAAUUGACAUGGAAAAUGAAAAUGGGAAUGAUUCAGUUUUACUAAUUGGUAUUGAUAGCGGUCCAUUGCCGAAAGCAGAGUUCAAUUUGAAAGAAGAAAUACAUAGGACUGUACUUAACGGUAAUAUAGAAGACUAUAAUGACUUCAAUGAUGCAAAACUUACUAAUGAGGAAACAAUGAAAAAGGACACUUUUGAUAGUUUCUCCAGUCAUAAAGGAUCAACAACCAUACAAAGUCGUCACGAACGAGAGGGGGAAUAUGAAGAAACUGUUACCGUUCCAGUACAGAGAUAUGCCGAUAGUCUGCGAAGAAAACACUUUGACGAUUAUCCACAGGAAAUACCAACUCGUGAUACGGACAAAGAAGAUUUAAUACCAGGAUCGAUCGCGUACAGAGAACGUAAGAAAUGGUUGAACUAUGUGGAAAUGCCAAAUAACCCUUAUUCUCCAGAAGCAAUACAAAAAAGGCUGACGACUAAAAGUGCCUCUUCUUUAUUUGACACGCUGACUGCUAAAGCAAUGGAUCAAGAAGAUCUUGAUACAAAAGCUUCAAAAGAGAUAGAUGAUAAAGAAGAGAUCCCAGUUAAGGAAGAGAAAGAAAGCAAUUCAUUAGUGCUUGAUACUACAGUAGCUAUGAAUGGUACAAGAUCCAAAAGUCCUUCGCCGAGAAUUUUAAAAGAUGUUCUAGCUGAUGACAUUUCAGAAUAUAAACGUUACGGCAGAGAUUAUUACAUAAAAGAUGCCCGAAAUGCAUGUGGGGCUCGCAAGAAGAAUAGUUUCAGCGACACGAGCUCCCUGUCAUCAAUGAACAAAUCUACAAGUUUAGACAAUUUCGAUACAGAAUUAUCGCCUGUAAGUGCUAGCAGCUCAUUGAGUGACCUCGAAGCGUCCGCUCUUCAUCAGAACAUCGUCCGCGCCGUUCUCAGCCCACGAAAUGCAAGCCCCAACUUCGCCAUAAAUCCUAUUUUCGAAAACCCCGAUAGACAGAACGAUAACGCUGACGAAAAUCAUGUGACAGACAAGCGUAAAAUCAGUCAAAAUGCCAACGGAUUACUUAUAAAGCAAUUCAACACGAUUGCUGAAAACCAACAGUAUACGACCUUCACUAAAAACCAACCAAAAGAGUCCAUAACCACAAACUCCGAUAAUAAUAAAAUAGAUAUUAUGAUAGAAUAUGACGACGCCAAUGAAAACACAUUAUUUAACGCCAAGCCAGUGAUUGUCGAUGAUGACACAGACCAGAAAUUUGAAGAAAUAUUGCAAUCUGCCUAUAACACAGACACUCCCAUAGUGAAUAAUGAAAUAGAUAAAGCUACUGACGAACCUUUAAAAUCGCCAUCAAAUUUUAGCGUAGACAACUCUUAUAUGAGUACAAGUAGUUUGGAAGAUUCAAUUAAGAUCUACAAUGUGCAAACAGGCGAGAUAAUUAAAUGUCAACCCGAAGAUAAGGUAUCUCCAAGACAUGAAGUUGUAGAUGACAGUAUAGAUACACAUGAUAAGAAUGUAGAGGAAACCAAUAUCAGUCUCAGUUCAAGUAGCAGUGUAGAGAUAGAUACAUUGACCGAAGAGGAAUGUUUGAAGAAAGUCUCGGAGAUUGGUGAAGUGGAUGAUAUUUUAGCGAAACUGCCCAAAGUGAAGGAAUUGGCUAAAAAGUUUGUUAGUAUGGAUAAUUUAGAUGAGCCGGCAAAGCCACAACAACAGGCUAUAAAGCGGCGAAAAAGCAAAGAGAACAUCCUAAAUUCAGAGAAACCAUCAAGUAAAGUCUAUAUGCACAGUCUGACAGCCAGAAGCGUCUCCAAGGAAUUUAGAGAAGAGCUAAAAUUAUCUAGACCCAAUCCAAUCACAGUCCCCGGUGGCUCUAAAGAGAUUCCAGAAGGAGAAGACGUCACAAAGGAAUCUAGCAGACCAGGCAGCCCACAACCAGAGCCUGGAAAUCUAAAAUCUAAGUUAGCGUUCUUCGAAAGUCUCAAAAGCAAAUUUAGUAAUAGCAAGGGAAAAUGAUUUUUAUAGAUAACAAUAUCUCUAAUUUAAAUGUCAAGGUCAUAAUUUAUUUUAUUUAUUCAUAUUCCAAGUAUUACAAAUAUUUAUACAUGCCUAUUUGUGUAGUAGAAACUACUAUUGCUAUUACUGAAUUAGGUCGUGAACGUAAUCUCUUGAAGUGUUUGAUACAAAAAAAUGAUAACAUAUUGUGGUUGCACAAUAUCAUUGUAAGGUAUUAUGUCGUAAAUUCCAUAUUCUAUUUGUGUGACUCGUUUAAUAAAAGCGAGUAUCAAUAUUGUAAUCCCGUAGACAACUGAUAUCACGUACUUUUUACAUGAUUUUCUGUGCAUGCGUUCAAAUCUAAGGAUUUCAACUACAACUUGUUUAAAAAAUGUAAACAAUUCACGUAGUUGAAACAAUUCUGAAUGAUAACGUGAUACUAAGAGUAUACCUUUUCAAACGUACCAUGAUGUAACAUCAACUGUAGGUUAUUUUGUAACGUAUAUUUUUGUGGACGAUAUUAAUUGUAUAAAAUAUUUAAUAUACAUUUAGGUUACGGUGUAAAUAAGUUAGUGCCAUUUUUCUAAACUUCAUUGAACGUCAUCAUUUCGACAGUUAAGUUGUUAGCGAAUGCCAAAGUUGUAUAUAAACAUCAUAUUACUGGGUAUAUAUGUAUAUUCUGAUAGAUUUAUAAAGCCAUUUCCUCGCACCACAGCUUUCUUAAUAAAGUUGCUAUUGGCAUCUUUUAUACACUUCUAAACUUCAUAAAUUAUGAAUGAAUUUUAAUAUAGGUUUAUCCAUCAUUCAGAUAUUUUAAGGAUACAUCUUCGCCUUCUGUUUGAAUAUACAGAUUUAAUAUCUAAGGAUUAUAGAACCAAGAAAGAUUUGUAUGUCUAUUAUAGUUAACUAUAUGUAAUUAAAAUUUUACGUAAUAUAAUAUUCCAUGUACAUAAAUUAAUAUUUUUUAUUAUUUAAAAUUAAAUAUUAUUUCAGAAUCGAAUCAAAACUAGGCUACGGCAACCAUUUACCAUCAAAUGCCGUACCUCAAGGGCCGUUUUAUCGAUUACCAACUUUGUGAUACAAAAAAAAUAUUUUAUCUUAUUAUGGCAUUAUCGAACUUUUAACUGCAGAUUUACAUAUUUUUUUUACAUAUUAAUAAUGUGUCUUCUUUUAUAACAUAACUUUUUAAUUUAAUUUCUAUUCGAUUGUGUUCAAAAGGCGGGCUGUUGGUCAUAUUUAAUGAUCCAAUCUAUUUUAUUAAAUGGAAUGUCAAACAAACUGACAGUCCACCUGAUGGUAAGCUGUAACCAAUCUCUAUACACAUGAAUAGCACUACGGACAUCACGUUAUCAUGUGACACCCGUAAUAACUCUCAUCCUUACCGUUCAAGGACUAAGAUGUCCCUCUCGUGCUGUAAUUUCUGCCUAUUGUCAUGACUCUGUAAUUUCUGUAAUUUCUGCGUAAUGCGAUAC